AUGAACUUCGCAGAAUACGCACAAGCGGCACAGCUUAGUGGAGGAGUCAAAGGGCGAACAAAGUGCGCAGGCGCGAGGGCGAAACGCGGCAAACACCAGCGCGCGCGCGCGCGCGCGUACCUUCCCCUCCCCCCACCUCAGCGAGGGUGGGCUGUUUGGCGCGCGCGCGCGCCGGCCCAUCUCCCGGGCUCCGCCCCCCGCCCCGCCGCGCGCUCCCGCCCCCGGGCUGAGGCGACUCAGAGUCGGAGCCCGACACAAAGGCGGUGGCGGCGGCAGCAGCGGAGGGGCCCUAGAGGCCGCUCCACUCGGGCUCUUCGGGCCCACCUCCCUCACUUCGGCCACCGGCGCGGCUGCCCACCCGCGGGUCUAAGAUGGCGGCGGCAACAGAGAUGGGGCAAGAGGCAGCCCCGAGCAGAAAGCGCCGGAGGGGCCGCCGCCGCCCAGCUUCGGAUCCCCAGACCCUGGCGCGGCUCGCUGCUGGACCAUGGCUUCCUGGGACUCUUACCUGCCCGGAGCGGACUCGAGGGGACGCGGCUACACGUUCUGCUCGACCGCCCGUUUUGCCGCCUCCGCCUCGCCCUCCCCAGCGCCGCUGCCGCCAUCUUGUGUCCCGGGCCGGGACUCCGCGCUGCGCAUGCGCUGGUACCGCCUCUGAGGGACCUCGCCACGGCCGUGCCGCCAUCUUGAGUGUGGCAGAAUCGGCUGACUCCUCGCACACACCUUGCUUUCGUCCCCCUCCUCUUCUUCCCAUCCGUCCCUGCUGUGUCUUGUGGCGCUGAGGAUGGGGAGAGAGCUUUGUAGGCCUGCGGGUGGACUGAGGAAGGAAUGAAUUCAUUGGCACGCCCUCGCCUCAGUUUCCCCCGCGAGCUCACAACGCAGGGGCCGGAUGUGGGCGGUGGGCGGUGUGCGGCGGGGUCUUACUGAGCGUGCGCACUAGGGGGCGUGGGGCUGUCUUAGAACCAGCUGGGGUCUCGGGCUGGGCCCCCGGCCUAGGGGAGGAGUCCUAGUGACGCAGGCUCCGGACGUAGCGGGGACCUGGGUCUUGGCACCCGCGCGGCUCUGCCGCUUCCGGCCAGUCUCCUUCCUUCUCUGGGCGUUUGUGUUGCAUGCUGUCGGAAUGUUGUGCGGCCCUGCCCCAUGCCUGGGCUACAUACACAUCAAACUCAGGCUGUAAAUGCUCUUGAGUAGAAGCAACUUAAACCAGCCUUGGGGGGCAAGUAAUAGAGAUGGCUUUCGGCAAAAUUGGGAAAUCAACUAAAUGCAUCGUAGGGCCUUUCCAACAUUGACGUCUGUGGCCGUUAGUUGCAGUUCAAAGCCUCACUGAGCCCUCAAACCUGCUACAGAGGGUAGCCUGGCAGGGAACUGGCAGCUGUGAGGUGCUCCUCGUCCCGCUCCCUGCAGGAUUCUUUUUGGUAGGGGCCUGCUGGCGUCAGAAUGGUAGCUCCACCCAUCUCCGGCCUCCCCAGUAGGCAGCCCUUCCAGUGCUAGCUUGAGAGGACAAGCUUGCCACCUGCUGUCAGACCGGCGCUUGUGUGAAGCCAGGGGCUGGCUGUAGGUGCCCCGGCUGGGCAGCCUCUGGGAUGUCCAUGGUCCCGGCUGCACGCCAGCGUGGGGGCAGGCAGGGUGAGGCUCAACAAAAACGGAGGCACUGGUAUGAGUAGUAAUUGAGAGCAAGGGUUCAGAUCCUCAUCUGGUUUCAAUCUCUGCUCUUCCACCCAAAAUGUGUGGCCUUGAAGGAGUUAACCAAUUUAAAUUUUAGUUUCCUCAGUGGAAGAUAAUAAAUCCGCCUACCUCAUAAAA